AUGGCUCCUUCGUCGCCAAAUGAUGCUACAACCCCGGGUUUCGUGAGUGUACAAGACUACCUGAAUCUAUCCAGUGUUCGAGGAAAUUACUGCAGCAUAUCGGCCCGAGUUCUGUUUUUAUGGGACUAUUGCGUGACACUCGAGGACGAAAUACGCUAUGUCUGGGGGUGUAGGAUGACAGCUGCCAUGCUCCUUUUUAUGAUUAACCGCUAUGUGAAUCUCGCGAUCACCGUAAUGGAAAUAAUGGAUCAAGCUCCCUUCCAAACUCUCCAGGACCUAGUUCGUGGCUCAUGGAACGAGCAGCUGCGAACCGUUUGUUCGAGUCUUGCAGACAUUGCUGGUCCUUGUCCUCUUCAUUGCUGCAGCGGUUCUGACAAUAUUCCAGUCUUUGCCUCCCUGCGAAUAUAUGCAAUAUGGGACUGCAGCUGGAGAUUAGCCCUUUCAGUACUCGUUCUGGCUCUUAUUUCGCCCGUUAUUACUAUAGUGAGCGCCUUCGCGGGGACUCAAUUUCAGCACAUGUCUGAUGUUCUCCAGUUCGUAUAUUCUAACCAGAUCGUAGAGCUCGCUCCGCCUCCAUCUGUUGGCUGCGCGUUGUACAUCAAGAACUCCUAUUCACAAUACGAGCGCCUCCGAUUUAACAAUCGUGGGGGUGGUUCUUUGCGACAGAUCGCUGAGCAGUACUCACGGCUUGGUUCUUCUUCAGUGGAACUCGCAAAUCAAGCGUCGACUGUAGCAUUUUACGGCCUUGCAUUGUUCCUAACUAUGGUCAAAGCCCUGCAACUCAGUAGACGGGCAACUCAACGGAAAGUCGAGGCGGGAUUGAUUCAUUUUCUCCUCAGAGAUGGCACUCUAUAUUUUAUGAUGUUCGUGUGCAUUAAUCUGACUCAACUCCUUAUCACAGCGGAGAUCGCGGAGAUAAACGUCGACUACCUGGGCUUUUAUGUAGCACCGAUGACCUCGAUUCUCAUUUCGCGCUUCCUCCUAAACCUACGGAAGGCCGCCCGACAACGAGAAGCAACUCAUCACACGUCGGUGUACCUGACGUCUUACCUCUGGAGCGCAGGUGUGGCCUCUGAUAAGACGGACAUGGGAGGUCCGAUCGGCAAUAGACCUCGAUAUACACGCGGAGACAGCUCUGAUCAUGAGCUUGACGGGGACAUCGAACUGUUUGGACGAGAGGAGGCCCUCUCAUCUUUGACUGCCAGCCCUCGCGGGAACGAGGAUUAG